AUCCCUUUGUUAAGUAGCUUCCCCUCUAAUGGCUUUUGCUCUGGAAACAGCACCUCCGAACUCCUGCCCGAGACAGCACUCCCCAGCAUGAGGGCUGCCCUGCUCCCCGUGGCCAGGGUAACAAACCUUUGCCUUAGCUGCUUGCUUCUGCUCUCCUGGGUAGGCCGAGGUGCGGUAGCUAAGGAGCUGAAGUUGGUGACGUUGGUAUUUAGGCAUGGAGACCGAAGUCCCAUUGAAACCUUUCCUAACGACGCCAUUAAGGAAUCCUCAUGGCCACAAGGAUUUGGCCAACUCACUCAGCUGGGCAUGGAACAGCAUUAUGAACUUGGACAGUACAUAAGGAAAAGAUAUAGAAAAUUUUUGAAUGAGUCCUACAAACGUGAACAGGUUUAUAUUCAAAGUACGGACAUUGAUCGGACUUUGAUGAGUGCUAUGACAAACCUUGCAGGCCUAUUUCCCCCAGAGGGUAUCAGCGUCUGGAAUCCCAGCCUACCCUGGCAGCCCAUCCCAGUGCACACACUCUCUCUUUCUGAAGAUCGGUUGCUAUACCUGCCUUUCCAGGACUGCCCUCAUUUUACAGAACUUAAGGAGGAGACUCUCAAAUCAACGGAAUUCCAGAAGAGGUUGCAUCCUUACAAGGAUUUUAUAGAAACCUUGCCAACAUUUACAGGAUACCAUACCCAGGACCUUUUUGGAAUGUGGACUAAAGUCUAUGACCCUUUAUUUUGUGAGAGUGUUCACAAUUUCACUUUACCCUCCUGGGCCACAGAGGACACCAUGACUAAGCUGAAAGAAUUAUCAGAGUUGUCCAUCCUGUCCCUCUAUGGAAUUCACAAGCAGAAAGAGAAAUCUAGACUGCAGGGGGGUGUCCUGGUCAGUGAGAUCCUCAAUCACAUGAAGAGUGCAACUCAGCCAUCAAACCGCAGAAAACUUGUCAUGUAUUCUGCACAUGACACUACCGUGAGUGGCCUACAGAUGGCACUAGAUGUUUACAAUGGACUCCUUCCUCCCUAUGCUUCCUGCCACAUAAUGGAAUUGUAUCUUGAGAAGGGGGAGUACUUCGUAGAGAUGUACUACCGGAAUGAGACCCAGCAUGAACCAUACCCCCUCACGUUGCCAGGCUGCACUCCCAGCUGUUCUCUGACGGAGUUUGCUGAGCUGGUUGCCCCUGUGAUUCCCCAAGACUGGUCCACGGAGUGUAUGCCCACCAGCAAUGACCAAGUCCUAAGGGUCACCCUUGCCGUUGCCUUUUGCCUGAUGUCUGGUGUCCUAGUGGUGCUGCUGUUUACCCUCCUCCGCCACGGGCCCUGCUGGCACAGGGACCCCUAUCGGAACAUCUGAAUAGAUGGCUGGCUAAGGGCGGACACACCGGACCAUCCUCCUGGGACACAGCAUCUCUCAGUGAUGCCUCAUUCGAAGGACAGGCUCUCACCACGUGGACAUCACCCUCCCCACACCCUUCCUUUCGAGCCUCUCUGGAGCAGGGUCUGAGCUCAUAGGGACUGAAGAAUGAACCCCAGGUUACCUGGUUAGGUCUCCUGAUGGUUACACUCUUCAUUGUAGUGCAGGCUUCUCAUUCUUGGCUAGAAGGAGGCUCUUCUGCAAAGGAUAGUUACACUCUCUGGCAUGGAUUUCUAGAAAGAAAGAAGAAAUCGAACUCCAAUCAGCCUUUUUCCUGCAAAGAGCAAAAGCUUACAAUGUGUGACAAAGACAUAGAUUAAAGAAGACUGGAAAAUGAGGACAAUUAAACUAGAAGUAGUAUCAUGUAGGAUGAUUCUUAAGAAGUAAGACCCAGUUAGAAGGUAUAAAUAAAUCAUUUCUUUAGCUGUUAAGUAGAUUUAAUACAAACAUGUACACACUCCUGAAAAGAAACUCCUACCCAGUGUUUGGUAGCUAACAGAUUUCUGUAUGUGCAUAUAUGUGCUAAGACACAUACAUGCACAUAGCUGUAUUGAAACUGCCUUAGAGGUAUUUCAUUCUCAGAACCUGUAAUAUCAACUACUGUAAUGGUAGCUCGGGUCAUUUUCCCCACAACUUCUAUAAUGGGAAAUAACUAGAAAUUCCAGGCAGCCACGUUUCUUCUUUUUUACCUCUACCAUCAUCAGACCUAGAUACUUUUAUAGUUCCGAUUUCUUUAUUUUAUCUUAAAAGUAAGAGAUUUACUUUGAUGAGAACUCUUCAUGGCCAUGAUGAAAUAAUAAUGUAUUUGAUCACCACAAAUAGAUCUGAAUUUCUCAAGUGACAAACUAGAAAGAAAAGUGAGCUGAAGGUUGAUGACACCCUGCCUCAGCUCUGCCCUGGCUUCAGACCAACAACUUGGAACAAGCUAUUUUAAGUCUUUUUUUUUUUUUUAAAGAUUUUAUUUUUUAUUUAUUUAUUUGAGACAGAGAGAAUGAGAGA